AUGGACGACAACCUCUAUACCCAGAUCUUGAACUUCUACACCAACUCUGAUAAGAAGUAUCCUCAGCACAUCUAUGACCUGGAUCCUGACACGCGUUUGAAUGCGAAGUCACAUUUUCGGCAAACUGCAAAGCCAUUUUGGGUAGCAAAUGGAAUUGUCUUUCAUGGUGAAAGGGAAGUGCUCACCAAAAGCCGCCUACCCAGCAUCCUGAAAGCAUGCCAUGACAACCCAGCUACAGGUGGACACUUUGGCAGAGAUAAAACCUUCGGCAAAAUAUCCUCGCGUUGUUAUUGGAAAGGCAUGAAGAACAACCUGCAAGAAAAUACAAGACGUGACCGAAGUGCUUUGUCAUCAAUCCGAAAGUCAACACAGAAGCACCACCACUACACUCCAUUCCUGUUCCUGCCAAAAUCUGGAGCCUCGUUGGAAUUGACAUCAUCGGCCCUCUACAAGAGACUACAAGAGACAACAAGCAGCAACAAGUACAUCGUUGCGGUAACCGACCAUUUUUCAAAGUGGUCGGAGGCAGCUGCUAUCCCGGAUAAAAGCGCGAAGGAACAUGACAACAGGACUUUAAAGGCUGCUCUGAGUAAACUCGUCAAUAACCAAGUUGAUGAUUGGGACCAAUACAUUCCUGGCGUCUUGUUCGCAUACCACACAUCAGUCCAUGCUUCGACGAAAUGCACACCAUUCGAGGUGAUGUACGGCCGCCCAGCCAAGCUAUCGAUAGACCUGAAACCGACCGAGGGGAAUGACAGCACAGCUACAGCAUCUUCACCUAACACUGAAUGCCCAGAAGUGCUGCAAACCAUCAUUGAUCUACAUAAAGGCAUCUGGUCCACUGUUUCCAACAAUAUCUCCAAUGCACAGGAUCGCCAGAAAGAAAACUACGAUCGAUGA